GUCUGCGAAUCCUGGAAGAGCCAGAGAAUGCCUCCGAGAUACAUUCCCAAGGAGCAUUGUCAGAUGACAGGACGAUGACUGUGCGAGGCCGGGAUAGGUAAUGAGUCCGAGGAGUAGAUACAAGAACACGGACUCGGAGGGCUGUUGGGAAUAUGUAUCUGACGAUCCCUGCGUGUUACUCUUCGUAACUGAGCACUACCGCUUAGGUGUUAACACAAGCUCUCCGUUAACCGUUGGACGAUGGGUGCAUUACCGGACACCGACGUGAUCGUCUUCUACGACAUUCCGAGCGACACCCCCAGCAAAGCCUGGUCGCCCAGUACCUGGAAAACGAGGUACGCACUUAACCUCAAAGGCUUGCCGUACCGUACACAGUGGGUAGAGUACCCCGACAUCGCGGCGCUGCUUCAGUCCUUUGGACUCGAGCCGACUGACCCGGGCACAAUCCUGCCAUACACGCUCCCCGCGAUUUACGACCCGCGCACAAAGCGCGCCGUCGCUGAGAGCGCGAAGAUUGCGGCAUAUCUGGAUGAUACCUACCCCGAUACGCCGGCGGUGUUGCCGAAAGAGCUGCGCGCGUUCCAGGCUGCCUUCCAGCACGGCUUUGGCACGGUCGUCCAGCCCGCAGUCUUGCCCCUCUUCCUCCCGCGCACGCUCCCCAUCCUCACGCCGGCCUCGCAGCCCUACUUCCGACGCACGCGUGAACAAAUGUUUGGAACCAAGAUGGAGGAGAUCUGUCCUCCGCCCCAGUACGCCGCGCAGUGGGCCGAGAUUGAGCGCGCGUUCGGCGUCCUGGCCGGGUGGAUGGACGACGCGGGGGAUGGCCGGUUUACUAUGCUCGGCGGAGCAGUAACGCAUACAGACCUGAGCGUUGCGGGCUGGCUGGUGUGGAUGCGGAUCGUGACUGGGAAGGAGAGCGAGGAGUGGCGCGCGCUGGAGGGCUGGCAUGGGGGCCGGUGGAAGAGGCUGAUGGAUUUGGUGGAGCCGUGGUAUGACUACAGUCGGUGAAUUGCUGAAGCGUGGCGCAAAUGAUACGUUAAAGGGAUGUCAGAAGUGAACACCGGACCUGUUAAACAAACCAUCAGGCUGAUUGAGGUCGGUCGCAUGGCGCCGCCGACUCUU